AUGCUUUUGCUGGGCAUCUUAACCUUGGUUUUCGCCGGGCGACCUGCUGGCAGCUCCGAGCCAGAACGGGAGGUGGUCGUUCCCAUCCGACUGGACCCGGACAUCAACGGCCGCCACUACUACCGGCCGGGCCCCGAGGACUCCGGGGAGCAGGGACUGAUUUUUCAGAUCACAGCAUUUCAGGAGGACUUUUAUCUACACCUGACGCCGGAUGCUCAGUUUCUGGCUCCCUCGUUCGCCACUGAGUAUCUGGGCGUCCCCCUCCAGGGGCUCACCGGCAGCUCUCUAGACCUGCGACGCUGCUUCUACUCCGGGAACGUGAACGCCGAACCAGAUUCGUUUGCCGCUGUUAGCCUGUGCGGGGGGCUACGUGGAGCCUUCGGCUACCGAGGGGCCGAGUAUAUCAUUAGCCCGCUGCCCAAUGCCAGCGCGCCGGCGGCGCAGCGCAACAGCCAGGGCGCACACCUUCUCCAGCGUCGGAGUGCCCCCGGCGGGCUUUCCGGAGACCCCACCUCUCGCUGUGGGGUGGCAUCGGGCUGGAACCCCGCCAUCCUUCGGGCCUUGGACCCUUACAAGCCGCGGUGGACAGGCUUGGGGGAGAGUCACAGCCCGCGCAGGUCCGGGCGCGCCAAGCGCUUCGUGUCUAUCCCACGCUACGUGGAGACGCUGGUUGUGGCGGACGAGUCAAUGGUCAAGUUCCACGGCGCGGACUUGGAGCAUUAUCUGCUGACGCUGCUGGCCACCGCGGCGCGACUCUACCGCCAUCCCAGCAUUCUGAACCCCAUCAACAUCGUUGUAGUCAAGGUGCUGCUUCUUGGAGACCGUGACACCGGGCCCAAGGUCACCGGCAAUGCAGCCCUGACUCUGCGCAACUUCUGCGCCUGGCAGAAGAAGCUGAACAAAGUAAGCGACAAGCACCCCGAGUACUGGGAUACCGCCAUCCUCUUCACCAGGCAGGACCUGUGUGGGGCCACCACCUGUGACACCCUGGGCAUGGCUGAUGUGGGCACCAUGUGUGAUCCCAAGAGAAGUUGCUCCGUCAUUGAGGAUGAUGGGCUUCCGUCAGCCUUCACCACUGCCCAUGAGCUGGGUCAUGUGUUUAAUAUGCCUCAUGACAAUGUGAAAGUGUGUGAGGAGGUGUUUGGGAAGCUCCAAGCCAACCACAUGAUGUCCCCGACCCUCAUCCAGAUUGACCGUGCCAACCCCUGGUCAGCCUGCAGUGCUGCUAUCAUUACCGAUUUCCUGGACAGUGGCUAUGGUGACUGCCUGCUGGACCAGCCCAGCAAGCCCAUCUCCCUGCCUGAGGACCUGCCAGGCACCAGCUAUACCCUGAGCCAGCAGUGUGAGCUGGCCUUUGGCGUGGGCUCAAAACCCUGUCCAUACAUGCAGUACUGCAGCAAGCUGUGGUGCACUGGCAAGGCCAAGGGGCAGAUGGUGUGCCAGACCCGCCACUUCCCCUGGGCAGAUGGUACCAGCUGUGGUGACGGCAAGUUCUGCCUCAAGGGGGCCUGUGUGGAGAGACACAACCUCAACAAAUACAGGGUGGAUGGCUCCUGGGCCAAAUGGGAACCAUAUGGAUCGUGCUCACGCACCUGUGGUGGGGGUGUGCAGCUGGCUCGGAGGCAGUGCAGCAACCCCACCCCUGCCAACGGGGGCAAGUACUGCGAAGGAGUGAGGGUGAAAUACCGAUCCUGCAAUCUGCAGCCCUGUCCCAGCUCAGCCUCUGGCAAGAGCUUCCGGGAAGAGCAAUGUGAGGCUUUCAAUGGCUACAACCACAGCACCAACCGGCUCACCCUGGCCAUUGCAUGGGUGCCCAAAUACUCAGGCGUGUCUCCCAGGGACAAGUGCAAACUCAUCUGCCGAGCGAAUGGCACUGGCUACUUCUAUGUGCUGGCACCCAAGGUGGUGGAUGGCACGCUGUGUUCUCCUGACUCCACCUCAGUCUGUGUCCAAGGCAAGUGCAUCAAGGCUGGCUGUGAUGGGAACCUGGGCUCCAAGAAGAAGUUUGACAAAUGUGGAGUGUGUGGGGGAGACAACAAAAGUUGCAAGAGGGUGACAGGAAUCUUCACCAAGCCCAUGCAUGGCUACAAUUUUGUAGUGGCCAUCCCUGCCGGUGCUUCAAGCAUUGACAUCCGCCAGCGUGGUUACAAGGGGUUGAUUGGGGAUGACAACUACCUGGCCCUGAAGAAUAGCCAAGGCAAGUACCUGCUCAAUGGGAACUUUGUGGUAACGGCUGUGGAGCGGGACCUGGUGGUGAAGGGCAGCCUGUUGCGGUACAGUGGCACGGGCACUGCGGUGGAGAGCCUGCAGGCUUCCCGGCCUAUCCUGGAGCCCCUGAUUGUGGAGGUCCUCUCUGUGGGGAAGAUGACACCACCUCGAGUUCGCUACUCCUUCUAUCUGCCCAAAGAACCUCGGGAGGACAAGUCUUCCCACUCCAAGGACCCCCGGAGCCCUUCGGUGCUACACAACAGCGUCCUUAGCCUUUCCAAUCAAGUGGAACAGCCAGAAGAUCGGUCCCUGGCACGCUGGGUGGCAGGCAGCUGGGGGGCUUGCUCUGUGAGCUGUGGAAGUGGCCUGCAGAAGCGGGCUGUGGACUGUCGGAGCUCCCCAGGGCAGCGUGGGGCAUCUGCCUGUGAUGCAGCCCAUCGGCCAGUGGAGACACGAGCCUGUGGGGAGCCUUGCCCAACCUGGGAGCUUGGGACUUGGUCACCCUGUUCCAAGAGCUGUGGGAGUGGAUUUAAGAGACGUCCACUCAAGUGUGUGGGCCAUGGAGGCCAGUUGCUGGCCCGGGACCAGUGCAAUCUGCGACGCAAGCCCCAGGAACUGGAUUUCUGCAUCUUGAGGCCCUGCUGA